UGGAAGGUGAAUUGGGCAAGUGGUGGUUCAAUGGAUGAGCAUGAGGGUCAGUAACGUUACAGCCGCAGUCUACUGUACUCCGUACACAUUGUCUUCGAGUCUGAUCGACACAGUCUCGCCUGGAAAUGCUCGUCGCCGAACCCACUUCUGGCCACGUACAGAGCCAUGGCGGAGGAAUCGAAGCAGGCCGGAAGAUGUUGGGCAGUUAGGACGUUCAAAGAGUACGGAAAUCACCGGUCGCCUUUUCAACAGACUAUUUGGGAAUCCCUGUGUUCGCGGUUAUGGCUACCAGACUCACAGGAACCAUCACUUGGCAUUCCAUCUGUCUCUCCGCAGGUCGAAUGCGCUCUUGUUCGCUUCAAGUCGAGGCUCGCCUUCGUGUUCCUACUAGUGGCCUCGACUCCUCCGCUUAUUCUCUUCGUUUUCAACGCUCACCGUGUGAUGGUUCACUCUUUUGCCAUUGUCUGCAACGCUCACCACCUGUCGCGUUCCUCGCAACGAUAAUCGCAUUCGUCGCAACGCUCGGCGCAUUCCUCGCCUCGAACGCCGUUCGCUACUAUCAGCGUCACACGUCAACCGCCUGUACGUCUUGAGCAAUUGUCAGGAUUGCUCACCACAACCAACAGCAGCACAACUUGAGCCAGUCACUGACAUUUUAUCGAUACCUCGGGAUCUUGCCAACGAAUAGAAACGGCCCGAGCCCCUUUGAUACAAUCCCACGUCAAACACGCCAUGAAAGCCAUCUGAGGCCAUUGACGCGGUUGUUUCAAAGCAGCGAGCCUUCCUCCUUUGCUUUCAAGACUUCAUUCUCCUGCAUUCCGGCCUGGAUGGUGUCGUUCCGUUCUCGUCAGCUCUCUUGACUCCGUCUGCUCUCACCGUGUUAUUCUCUUCACGUUUUAACCCCGCAAGCUGGAGACAAGUGUCGAGGCUGUUGCGCGGAACAUCCCCCCCCCCCGACUCAUGCUGUACACAUUCCCAUGCCACACUCCAGCAACUGCUGCGCAUGUUUCCCAACCUCUUCGAAGCACCGAACUGGCUCGCUACACUCCAGCAAGUGGAAUUCGCCCGAGGCUUGUUUUGGGAUGACGCUCUAGCAACUCUCAUUGCAGUGCGGGCACGUGAGGGACAGAGCCAUUAAGACAGUCUUUUCUUUCCGGUUCACCAGUACAAUACGAGUAGUAGACAGUCUGCACUGGAGCUCCGCUAGUUGGCCGCCAGGGCCGUUCUUCCCUUUCGCCUGAGAAUCCAACCACCUUGGGGUCUCGGCCUCUUGGCAUCUCGACAUCCCGUGAUCCUCCUCAAUCGCACGUGCAGUCAGUGGCAACCUCGUGAGAAGGAGCCAACACUCCUUGACACAGAGCGACAGCUCCUCACUGUAACAUCACUGGAAGGGCAGUUACCAGCAGCAGGCAGCAUCAUGGCAAAUUCUGCCAUCAUGUGGGGUUUGGGCCAGGGGGCCACACAGCCCUUUCAGCCAAGAGGGCGAGAAUCUGUGCUGGAUCAAGCAUGGCUGAGUCGGGCCAGGUUGCGGCGGCUUGCAGCCACAGUGCCGCCCGUAGCUCUGCUGCUGCUGCUGCUGCUGCUGGCUGUUCCCCUCUGUGCCUCCGCCGCUUCUGCGCAAACCUUUCGUGGCGGGCUGCUGCAGAGCGGUAGUGAGGAGGCACCAUCAGAUAAGGGAUCGGUGCGCGGAGGAUUGAUGCAGGAGGGGAGAGCAGGGAGGCGGGGGCUUGAGCAAGAGGCUGGUAGAUCAUCCUCAGGAGACGAGAGCAGUGGUGGUGCCGCCACUGGCAACACUAGCAUCGGUGCUGCCACUGACAGCAGUAGCACCAGUGCUGCUGGUACCUCUGGUCCUGCAGGCAACAGCACCGCUGCUGGUCACCUCUCUGGAGCUGGUAACACCACCGCUGCCCCCAGCAACACCCCUGCAGGCAACAGCACCGCUGCUGGUCACCUCUCUGGAGCUGGUAACACCACCGCUGCCCCCAGCAACACCCCUGCAGGCAACAGCAGCGGUGCAGCUCCCCCCAGCAUCACCCCUGCAGGCAACAGCAGCGGUGCAGCUCCCAACAGCAUCACCCCUGCAGGCAACAGCAGCGGUGCAGCUCCCAACAGCAUCACCCCUGCAGGCAACAGCAGCGGUGCAGCUCCCCCCAGCAUCACCCCUGCAGGCAACAGCAACGGUAGCACCGGAGUGGCCCAGUUCUUCACAGUGGGUCAGGAGGCCUUUGUGUGGGGAUCGCCUCUCGUGACCUUCUUCCGCCAGCAGGCCACCCGUGCUGCCCUCAACGCCUUCUCCUACGCCAACACCACGGCCGUCGUCGGCACCACGACCGUGGCUCUCCCUAACGUGGACACGGUGUAUGGCGGAUCCUUCCUCGACCUGCGAGACCAGCCCAUGGUGUUCAAGACUCCCAACAUGGGUGCCGGCCGCUACUAUAGUGCUGGUUUCUUCCAAACCUACGGCCCGGCAUUCAGUGUCAACGGCAGCCGCGCCAACGGGCCAGGGCCCAACACGUUCACAAUCGUCGGGCCCAACUGGGACGGAGAACUGCCUGCCGACCUCGCACCCACGGUUAUAACGUCCCCCACGGACGACGUUCUCCUGCUAAUGCGUGUGGUUGUAUCAGAGAACGUCUCUAACGACAUUGCUACAGUGCUCUCCCUCUACAGUCAAGUCUCGCUACAGGCACUCUCAGAGGCACUAGGCGGGCCUGCAAUUCCUCCCCUCCCCAAUCCGCCCCUCCCCAGCUCCAACCUGUCUGAGGCCCUGCAGCGCUUGACCCUGAUUGGUGAGGGGCUUCAGCGGGACCCUCCUGUCAACAACAUCGCCAACAACCGAGUCGUGAGGAUGCUGGCCACUAUCAACGUGACACGGCAGUAUGGCUUCGACCCCUACAGCGUCACACAGCAGCAGGCAGCAGCGCUGGAGGCAGCACGGCAGACAACAGACGCUGUGAUCAGGGCAGCAAAUGUCAUCAUCCAGAUAAACGAUUCAAUCAUCCAAUCCGAGAACUUCUGGGCAUCAUCCCUCAGCCUCCUCGACCACGACUUGAACACGGAGUUCCUGUACCGCGCCACGCUCACAGCGCCAGGGGGCAUUGGGGGGCUUCCCCCUACAGAAGUGGUCUACUUCCUCACGUUCCUCGCUGAGGCUACUCCGCCCGUGGGAGCUCUGCUUCCUGCCAACGCUACGAUCUCUCCCAAUGCCACCAUCCCUCCCAGCACCCCAGCUACCACCCCUACUCCAAGCAACAUCACCGGUCCUCCCGUUAACCCAUUCGACCCCCCAAGCAGUACCGCCACUGCACGCGCAAACCAAACUUCUCCCCAGCCUCCCAUGAUUCUCUCCCCGAAUGCCAACCAAACCUCUCCUCAACCUCCCAUUGCCCCCUCCCCAAGUGCCAACCUGACCACCUUGCAGCCUCAGAUGUCCUCCCCCCACCGCUUCCGCCCCUUCAUCCCUCUCCAAGGCUCCCGCUGCUUCCGCCUGCGCCUCACCCCGCCGCCUGUCGACUCCUUCUGGUCCGUCACUCUGUACAACGCGUCCAGCCUCAACCUGCUCGAGAAUGUCACUAAGUUUGGCGUGGGCGACCGCACUCCCGGACUGCUGUACAAUCCUGACCGCACAGUUACCAUCUACAUUCAGCCUACUUCUCCUGGCCAAUCACUUGACGCAAACUGGAUCCCUACUGUCAAUGCGACAAAUAGUGCAGUCGUGGUGAGGGCUUAUGGCCCCUCUCCUCAAAUUCUCAAUGAAAGUUAUGAACCGGAAGCAAUUCAGCUUAGCCCUACUUGUGAGAUUUAACGAAUUGUUAAGAUUGUCGCAAUUAAUGGUAUCUUUUAUCUUGAACUAGGGCAAAGGAUGCUACAACCGGUAUAUUGCAGCAUAUCCACCUUAUUUAGGAUUUGGUUCUGGCUUG